AUGGCGUGUUUUUGCAAGCAUCUUGAUCAACUGAUUGAUAACUUUGAUCCGUCCUCCACCACACGUUUCGCUUCCAAUCUAAACAAGCACCUCGAAGCGAUCCGCUCUGUCCUCGCUAAGAAUAAAUCCCUCUCCAAGGAGGUUCGGUACCAGGUUAUUCCGAGCAAUCAACGCACAGCCAAGAUUCUUUCCCUUCAGUCCAUCACUUUUGAUAGGGUUAGGAAUCUGCCUGAGACUCUUCAGAAUGACACCAAAGGGUUUUGGACUUCCAAAGAUGAUUCCUUGCUACAGGAGCUGAGGAGACGAAUUGCAUGCGUGACAAUAUUUUUGAGAUCAAAAAUCAAUGACGAUGCUUGGAUCGCCGAGGAUGUUGCUGCUGUUGUCAAGGGGAGGACACUAUCCGAGCUGAGAUAUGCGGGAAACAAGUAUAUCAAGAUUGCCAGAAAGCUUGGGGGGGUCGGAUCAAUUCUUUGGCUUCCUUUGGAAGUACCCGCAUCAACAUACGAGAGGUACUUGAAUAUGGAUGAUACUGAAGCAUUCGUUCAUUUGCAAAAUCUCGGGUCCGAGGCUCCCGAUUUGACCUAUUUCGUGCAGAGUAUAAUUACAGAGCAACUCAACGAUUCUUCACUCAAUCUAUCCUUCCGUAGCCUUCUUUCAGAAUACGGGGACUGCUUUCUACCAUCUGAACAAGGUCUCCUUCUCCUUCACACACUAGGAGGAACUGACGUGCCGAUUGACCUUUUAAAAAGUGUCAAGAUACCAAUGCGACGCUGGACAGAUGAAGGAGAGAUACAGAGUAUCAGUGCCGUCGACUUUGGGUUUAGCUCGGAUCUAGUGACUGUGCUAUCUAGCGAUAAUGUCGUGUCACAACUCGAACAAAGACCUGAAGUAACUCAACAAACCUUGGAGGACGGUGCAGUAACCCUGUCACUUCAUCCCCAAGCAAAAGAAACCAUUGCCAAUCGUUUGUCAUCACAAACAGUGGAAGAUUGGGAAACGACAGCUCUUCGACUGAUAUGUUUUGCCUGUCCUCCUUGUUAUGAAGGAAAAGUCAAUUGGUCACUCCCCACAAAGAAAGCAAUCUGGACUCUCCUUGACAAAUUGACCUCCCAAAAAAGGAUCCCAACAUCGCUGAGAACAUGCGUCAUAGAAGCCCUUCUUUACUUUUGCGAACGCGACCUCUUCAGUAUCCGUCUCGCCGCCAUUCAACGCGCAAAGACCCUCGUGCGCAAAAACAUGCCCUUUUAUUAUCAAGCAUCCGUCACCCUCUUCGACAGCAUAAUAUCCGGCAAGGACGGCGACUUUGAACGCUCGAACGCUAUUAUCAACGAGUUUAUGUCAUCCGAGCAGUGCGAGACCAACACGAGAUCUGACAACGCUUUGAGAGGAAGACUACACAUUUCAAGUAUCGAGAAUAAAAUACAUCGGUAUGAUGCGGAAGUCGCUGCGACGAUAUACAACUGGAAGGGUAUCCAUCCACUAUCCACGUUUGAGAUUGAGGUUACGAGGAGGUUGCAGGGUGUUGCGGCCAAGUUCUUUCAUUCUAUUGGAGAUUUCAAGACGACGAGGGCUUCUUUGGAACAGCAUUUGUGGUUGAACUCGACAAUGCCAAUACGACAAAACACGAAACUACUUAUCGUUACAAGAUUGGCAGAGAUUCACUGCGAGCUUCAUGAGUAUGAAAAAGCUCUUCAGAUUAUACAAGUAGAACUUCAAACCAUUUCCGUGAAAGAAGGUCGGCCUUUUCGACGUUUAACAAUGGCCAUGGGAGAAGCCUACAUUGGUCUAGGCCAAUUCGAUGGUGCUACCUCAGUUCUUGAAGAGCUCAUCGCUGUCGAACCGCCUCAGUUGGACGAUUUAAAUGAUCAAGUCCUCAAAAUGAGACGUAUAAUCCUCUCAGCGCGUAUCCAGCACGAACGUGGCGAUUUUGUUAAUGCUUUGAUGUUCUGGAAUCAAGCUGGCCAACAAAUGCAGGCUCUUUCUACUUUUAGUUCCAGACAUGGAUGGAUAGCAGCCAUCAUUCAAUUAUCUAUGGCUCAUGCACAAAUAGCCAUGGGCGAUAGCGAGGGAGGGAGAAAAUCAUGGGACGCCGCUGUUGAAGUCGCCAUGAGGGAGCGAUUCGAAUUUGUGUUCCCGGUCCUUGCAACAGUUUGGUUGCAGAAGAUUGUGGGGGAGAUUUAUCAGGCAAAAGGAUGGCCUUUGAGGAUCAUGAUGCCGGGUGGGAAGUCUGAUCUUACGUGGCUGUGA